GGCAGGCCAUACAGCCAAACAGACCGCAGAGAAGGAAUGCUGGAUAGGAAUGACGGGGCUGCACAUACCUUGAACAGGACAGAUGAUCCUGCGCAGGCCACCUCCGACUAUGAGACGAAUAACAGCGACAGCAGUGACAUUGUGCAGAAUGAAGACGAGACACAUUGCGCCAAGGAGCCGACCCAGGCGGGCCCGCACUGCAGGGCGUUUGCCCCCGAGACCGUCAUGUUGCAUCCUUUGCUGCCUGUGGAGGAAAAACCUAUCCUUGCUCCCGAGCCUCUAAUAAUGGACAAUUUGGACCCGCUAAUGGAGCAACUAAACAAUUGGAAUUUCCCAAUCUUUGAUUUGGUAGACAAAAUCGGCACGAGAUGUGGUCGGAUUUUAAGUCAG